CCUCAAACGCUGAGAGAAUUGCGACCCAAUCAGUUCUUCACUUCUUACUUUCAACUAUGGUGUCCUUCGGAGACGUCAUGAAAAGCGGCGUCACCUAUCUUGCAGGAACAGCAACCCUCGCAAAAGACUUCGCAAACGACAACGUCGCGCCCCUCAUUGGCGAUGCUGUUACCAACAUCAAAGACUUUCAUCGAGAGAAAUUCACACCAGCUCUCAGUCAUAUCAUGGACAAAACAAAGAAAGUCCUUGAUCAGUUCGGAGAAGAACAUCUGGGUCCGGCUCUCCUUCUGACCGGCGACGCCUUGACAGAAUUCCAGACGAAACAUCUUGGUCCUGCCGUUAGUGUCUCAAUCGCCACUUUGAACCAGUUUGGCGAAAAGGAAAUCAUCCCAGGCCUCUACGUCACGAGCACAAGCUUGAAGGACUUCCGCGAAAACAAGUUCAGUCCGGCCCUCGCUACCUUGUCUGAUUUCGGUCGUGAGAAGCUUGUUCCUAAGCUAGAUGAAGCCGGCCAAUGGAUCCAAGCUCAUCCUGGAGGAACUGCCGUGAUCGCUGGUGCGGGUUUGAUCACUAUGUAUCCUGGCCUUGUCACUACCCCUGCUUUCUGGAUCCUUGGAUUUGGCAGUGAAGGUGUUGGAGCUGGCACCGCUGCCUCUCUCGCACAUUCCUCCAUCGGUGACGUGGCUGCUGGAAGUGUUUUCGCCACUCUACAAAGUGCUGGGGCAGCAGGAUACGGUGUGGCUAUCGUUGAUGGGAUUGCAAGUGCUGGAGCGCUUACUGUUGGAAGCUUGAAGAUCUUUGAUGCUCUAAAUAGUGGUAAACCUUUGAAGGCCAAGCUCUAAAGGACAACGAGAAUCUGGAGGUACAGGGUACAGGGUACUUGGUUGAGGUUGUGUUAGACCGCAACUCAAAAGAAUAAGAAGC